UAAUAAAUUUGGUUUCUUCAAUAAUUUUAGACAUUGCUCUUAUUAUUUUUAAUGUAAGCUAAAAUUUAGUGUAACUCAGUAAGAUUCUUAUUACAUGUUAAAACCUAAUUUAAUAUAAAGAGGUACAAAAUUUUAAAUUUAUUUAGCAAAUUCCUUUGUAUUUAAAACUACGUAAGACCAUGAAAGACAUAAUAGUUUUCUGGGCCAAAGUCAAGAAUGCUUAAAGAGAGGGCUCAUUGUAUAAAAAUAAGUCGUAGAAAUAUUUACAGUUAAUGUAGAGUCAAAAUUCAAAAGAAGAUGGCUCAUUUUAGACGCGAUAUUACGUAUAGUGCAUUAAACAAUGAAUUAGUACCACCACUAGCGAUAUCUGCUGAAAAUGCAGCUGGUUCGCAAACUGUGAUAUCCCUAGAUCACGAACAAGACGACUCUACCAAUGUUAUCAUUCACAAAGUACCGCAAACAAAGGGAGGAUGGACACAUAUUCAAGAUCUAGAUUCUUUUUUUACAAGAAUGUAUAGAUACUAUGUUAGAGGGGGAUUUUAUCCUAUGAUUAUGGCUGAUAUAUUUUAUUUGUUACAAUUUGUAUUCAUUGUCUGGUUUUCCACAUUCUUAGUGCAUUGUGUUAAUUAUCAGAAACUAUUUAGAAAUGACCCAAAUAUAACUAGAAGUGAUAAACUUAGCUUAAGUGAUGUUAUACUACCAACAACAGAAUGUCGUGCUAGUAUUUCAUGGCAAUGGUGGUGCCUCAUAGUAUUGUGUUUAAUUAUAUGGCUUAUGAGGCUAAUAAUAUCAAUAUAUCAUUUAUAUUAUGCCUAUGAUACCAAACUAUUUUAUAAUAAUGCAUUAAGAAUAAAAGAGAGUGACUUGGGAUGGGUUAAUUGGACAACAAUACAGGAUAGAGUGAGGGAGGCCCAACCAGAACAUCAUAUGUGUGUUCAGAAACAGGAAAUCAACGAACUAGACAUUUAUCACAGAAUACUCAGGUUUAAUAACUACAUGGUGGCAAUGGUUAAUAAGAAUCUAUUACCGCUGCAAAUACAUGUGCCUUGCAUUGGGGAUUUUCACUAUUUAUCGAAAGGUCUAAAGUGGAAUUUGGAGUUUCUCUUAUUUUCUAGUCCAUGGAGCCCUUGGGAAAACUGCUGGCAGCUUCGUUCAAAUUACAAAGACCCAACAAAAAGAAUGGUUUUAGCUCGACAACUCGAACGACAAAUACUACUUUUGGCUCUAGCUAAUUUUAUACUUGCACCUCUGAUAUUAGCAUGGCAAAUAUUGUAUUUUUUCUUCAAUUAUGCUGAGUUAAUAAAGAGAUCGCCAGGGUCACUUGGCCUACGGACUUGGUCGCUUUACGCUCGAAUAACUCUGAGGCAUUUUAAUGAGCUCGAACACGAGUUGAGGGAUCGACUAAAUCGCGCUCACAAACCUGCGCUGAAAUAUUUAGCGAGUUUUAGUUCGCCUAUCACGACUGUUAUUGCGAGGAAUAUUGUGUUCGUAUCGGCGAGUAUUCUCGGAGUUUUGGUUGCCCUUUCAGUGUACGACGAAGAUGUAUUGACCGUUGAACAUGUCCUAACAAUAAUCACUAUCCUCGGCUGUGUUCUAGCUGGAGCUAGAGCUUUAAUAGGACUCGAGGAACAUCUUGAUGGUGGGUGCACGGGGCCAACCCGUGGUGAAGAAUUAUUUGUACAAGUGUUAGGAUAUGUACACUAUCUGCCAGCCGCUUGGAGGGGUCGCGCCCAUACGAAAGACGUGGCUGCUCACUUCCAACAACUGUUUCAGUUCCGAGCGGUGUACAUUCUGUUCGAGUUGCUUAGCCCUCUACUUUGUCCACUUGUUCUAUUAUCACUGCGCGCACGUGCACUGGAUAUAGUGGACUUUUAUAGGAACUUCACUGUCAGCGUCCUUGGAAUCGGAGACGUUUGCUCAUUUGCUCAGUUGGAUAUCAGACGCCAUGGACAUCCUGAUUGGCAGACUCCGUUGAAGUAUGAUAAACUAAAAGGUGGCAAUACACAAUAUAAUCAGGGUGAAGGCGGUAAAACGGAAUUGUCUCUGGUCGCAUUCUCUUGCCGACACCCGGGAUGGCAUCCAAGUCAACCUGCCCAAAGACAAUUUUUACGAUCUCUACGACAGAGUAUGCACCAUGCUUUACCCGCAAACAAUGGCCUGAACAAAACGAUGCUGGGAUCGUACAUUCAACAAAGUAUAUUCGGUGUGAACACUCCAUUACCUGCAGUGCUCUCCUAUUAUCAGCAGCAGAAAACUCAAUAUCGACUACCGGACAUGGAUGAAACGAGUGACGAAGAAGAGGGACCAAGUGGACAAUCAGUGAAGGAUCAAGGUCUGGCUGGAGCCAGCAGUGCAUUGGGUGCCAGCGCUUUAGGUCUCGACCCCACUACCGAAAUGCCAGCAGAUGAAUUACGUGAUAUAUCAGUCAGUACUCUACACCUCUACGAUCUUCAUCUCUCACAGGGUGGUGGCAACGUAUCGUGUUGUACGAACAAAUGCAGCGAACGACCAUCCCGUUGGUCAAGCGGUGAGCAAACGCCGCUACUGCGUCCUUAACGAUGGUCUAAUUCGCCCCGCGAUAAAGGACCUGUUUGGGUCUAGCCCUGUAUACACGCACUGUCUUGGUACAGAAUAUAAUAUCGAUAAUAAUAGUUCAAUAGAUGCUACGUUUCAGUUGUAAAAGCAAUGCCUAAAUUAACGUGUGUCUGCACACAAUCAUUUAACGUUUGAUAGAGUAUUUUUAAUAUUAAUAAAUUAUUUUUUAUAUUUAUAAUACGUAAACCACAUUUUAUGCGUUUCUAUUUUAUUAGUAUUGACAUAUUAUUCAUACUUUCACAUAUCUCUUUUGGUCCUUCCAUCCGGUAUUAGUUUCAAAACCACUUACGGUCGGUUUUCAUAUCUAAAGUAUUAUCAAGGCUUCCUCUGUAUCACCUUUAGUGGUUUGCUAGACAAACAGACAUUAGAAAUAUGAUAUCAUUUUAUUCAGUCGGUUUUCGUGGUACGUAAAUCUUAUGAAACUAUAGUUUAAACUGACAAAAUUGACUAAAUAUAUACUGGCUUUCAUAUUUAGUAUUUUGAUUGUAAAAUUUGAUAACGGUUUUGGUAGACAGUCGUAAAUCCAGGGUUACGCAUUGACAUCUAUUUUUGUACAAUUUAAAAAAUAUGUCAAUGCUUCGCGAGGGGAUUAUAUUAAUGAUAUUUUAUAUUUUGACAUUGUUUUAAGUUAUAACGACUUUAGAUUAAGUUUUUGACGACAAAAUUAUUAAUAAGUCGAACGGUACAUUGCGUCAUGUUUAUAAACGCACAUAUUUAGGCUAAAAACGCGUAGUGAGUGAUUUUGUAAAUAAAAUAUUUUGUCAAAUACAGUUAUUGUACAAAGUUAGUACUAAUGCCACAUAUACACACCCUUGCUACUGCUCCUGCCGCUGCUGGAAAUAUUUUCCUUAUAUACAAUUAGGCCGUCAUAUUCAGCUCUUAGUGGCAGCGCCAGCGAUAUGUUUAAAUACUCACGCUGCCCUCUUUCCUGCUCACUUCCGUACCCUCUUUCCUGCUCACUUCCGUACCCUCUUUCCUGCUCACUUCCGUACCCUCUUUCCUGCUCACUUCCGUACCCUCUUUCCUGCUCACUUCCGUACCCUCUUUCCUGCUCACUUCCGUACCCUCUUUCCUGCUCACUUCCCUACCCUCUUUCCUGCUCAAUUAUCCGACAGGGCUGAGUAAAUGUGGCAUACCGUCAUUUGACGAUAGUAUUAGAAAUUACUUUAAUGACAUGUAUUCGUCGGCCUUAUGCUAAGUGAUAUAAAAUUUGCUAUUUUUUAUUUUAUCGAUAUAAUGUGUGAUUUUAGAAUAGUCGUAGUUUAUUACACGUCAAACAUACAAGAAUAUAUGAGAUAUUGAAUCACUAAUUGUUCUCGCGUUUCUUGACUGCCUAGAGGCUUGUUUCGGAAGGUACAUAUGACUGAUGUGCCUUUACAGAAAACGAUAAGUUUAUAUUUUUUUAGUAUGGCACGCAUAUUGCAUAUAGUGCUUCAAUUGCCUUUAUGUGUACUCACGAUAUAUAUAUAUAAUCGCCAUGACGUUGCGAUACAUCGAUAAUGUUUUAAAUCUUCGGGACUUCUAGUCUCCCGUAUUCUGAACGCGAAGCAAUCAGGUUUGAUGCAAUCUUUGAUAUUUUUGACUACACAAUACUAGUUUCUACCUUGAUCCGUAUUAGAAUACUGGUCUAAGUGGCGUACAAUGUAGAUUCAUAUAGUAAUUGAGAAAUUGAAACAGCUCGCCGAAUUUUGAUCAUGAAAAUUUCUUUAAAUUCAAAUGAGUACCUGAAAUGUUUGUGAUUUGUGCAAAUAUCGGUAAGUUUUGAUUCAUUUUAGACAAAUGCUAAAUUUGCAUAAGUUCAAGUGAGAUUUCAAAAGCGCUUGAUCAGCUGAUGUGUUUAAUAAAUUAGAAGAUAUAUUAUUAAUAUUUUUAUACGCCUAAUUGGGAUGGGUAUCAAAUGAAAAUCCUUUUGAUUUACAUGUUUCGGUAACAAUGUUUUUAACCUCAAGCCUUGAAAAAUACAUAUUUGAAUCAU